AUGCACAUAUUUUUGAAGGUCACAGCUCAUAAGUUCGCAAUACCGGUUAUUGGUGCAUUUCGGAAGAACAUGCAUCUGCAAUGCAAUUUAAGCGGUCCCAGGGUAUAUCCGGAUUUUCCAUGUUCUGCUUCUAGCCUGGUCGACAUACAGGUUUCGUACGAAGCGUACAGAUUCGCGAAGGCGAGAAUAGGUAUUCUCGAAAGGAUGAGUUGA